CGGGGAAAGAGUGCAGAAAGUGAGGUUAGGGAGUGGUUGCCGAACAGCUGAGAAGUUGAGAAGUGCAGGAAAAUGAGGAUUCCGUCGGUUGCGCUGCUGAACCGGGUUCCGCAGCAGAAUGAGGGCAAGGUGCCGUUCAAGGAGAUGAUGCCGAUGCGCCUGAGGGACAGCGUGAGUGGCAAAGGUGGGCAGGACAGCAACGUCGCCUGUCUGCACGAGAUGUCCGUGGUGUUCGCCUGCCUCAAGGGGGCGGACUUCAACGAGAGUGCCUGCGCCAGGGAGAUCGGCAGCCUGAAGAAGUGCUACAAAGUCUUCCUGGAGACGAAGGCGAAGAACAAGGCGGAAGACAAGGCGGGAACUGUCGUGACCGGGAGGAAUUUGAACUACAAGCAGCUCAACAAGUACCUCAGACUCUUCCCGCAGCCCAAGUGAGGCUUUGGGGCUGUUGGAUUGUUAGGCAUAAGGAUAGUGAAUAAAUUGCAGGUAAAA